UGUCAAAAACAAGCAGUCCAGCUGGAGCGGGAACGGCACCGGUUUCCCCUCUGCUUCGCACGCCGAUGAUGUACUCGUUGGCAACGUCGACCCCGACGACCGCAAGGCUGUAUGCUUCAUUGAAUGAUUUGUUUCCGGAUCGUCGUCAUGGGAUUUCGGGUCCGAGAGGCCGCACACGGGGUGACGCUGUACUUGCACGACCGUUCACAAGGCAGCGUCUAGACGAGCGUCUAACGUCUAUCCCACAACCACUACCGGUCGUGGCAACAGUUGUUUCAGCAGUGCCUUUCCACAAUGAGAUGGCAGCUUUCGCCUCUUCGAUAGUGCCUCCGAUAUGGUCUGCGCCGCCCACCACGUGCGCGUUAUUGCAAACCCCGAUGCCUGCCAUCUUUGCCCCGUUCAACUGUGUAUUAGGACGACUUGCUGGUUGUUUGCCUCCGCUGCCUACAUGCAUGCCUUCGUACGUGCCUUCACGACCGUCAUGCAAUGAAGUGUGCUUCUAUUCUGUUGCCCCUGUUCCUCCUGCUGUGCACCAUGGGAGCGGUUUUACACGAUCCGCGCACGGCGGAGCACAUGCGACUUCGUGUGGCCCGAGCACAUCCGCAUGGCCAGAGAGGCGAGCACCUACAAUGAAUGACCCCGCGGUGUCUUCUCCGGUUUGCACAACAUAUCCAAUUGGUCUAGACGUUACCUGUGGUGUGAACACUGUGCAAAUAAGCCCAGUGGUUUGCGAAAGUCCGGAGGUGACGCCGACACCGUCCGGACAGCGUAGUCGAUCCAAUACUCCAUCAAGGGAGCCACCACGGAUAAGAGUGCGGAAGGACCAAAAGGAAAAACUGCAGACUAUUGUGAACAAUAUCGCUAACGGUGGCACGUUAGAGAUGACGAUUGAUCUGCUGUUCGAGUGGGGCCGGGAUGGCAUUGCGGACCACUUGUCUUCGGCGAGAGGGUCUGGACAGUCGUCUGCGAACAGGGGCAGGGGGGCAUCGAGAACGACCACCUCUGGGCGCAAACCAGUUGGGAGACCUCGUGGAGGGGCUUUGAAAUGGCGCGAUGGGAAGCGCGGUUUUCAAGAUGAUGGACAGAUGUUACAUAGAUUGACCGUGAAAGACCACGUGGCGUUGUGGGACGCUAGAGCACGUCGAGAUGUUGUUUUCUUGGAUCCCGUGAAACUCCUUCAAAUUCUUGGGAUGUUCGAUAAGUCCUUUAGUUGCGGAAUGACAUGCACACAGCUUGACAACCUGACGCGCGGUUUGGGAAUGCGUCAUGUGAGCGAGGACACAUUCUACAGGUUUUUCCGAGAUAGUGGGCUAGGAUCGAGGCGAUGGGGAAGGUAUGUGCGGCGCGUGGCAGAGAAAAGCUAUAACAGAGUGAUAUUCCGUUUGAAGUCCAGCAACGAGCCGGUCGUAUUGUUGUUGGACGGCCGAUACGACUCCUCUCGAGAUGUGCAACAUUGCACGGUGUCUGCGAUGGAGCUCGAAUCACGGCAAAUUGUUGGAACGCAAACCCUUAGGAAAGACAAUGAUUCGUCAUGGCGUCUGGAAAAGAGGUGUAUUGAUAUGUUGUUGAGUCGUUUGGUGAACGAGAAAAAUCUCGUGAUUGCGGAGGUCGUGCAUGACGAUUGCACAGUUGUGGACGUCUUGCUUCGCGCAUUGGAUAUUGACUCUCAGAAGUGUUUGUGGCACAAAGCGAAGAGUUUGUUGAAACGGUUGAGAGAGGCGGUACGACGCACGAAGCUUGUGAAACUAAAGAUCGUGGACGACUGUGAACACGUGCGUGAGAUUCGAAUGUUUACGAAGAAGGAGUUCAGUGCAUGGCUCCGUGAGAAGGGUCUUCAACAACCAAUCCCCGUGAACACCAAGAAAGAUACAAUUGUUGAAUGGGUUUGGUGGACGUUAUUUCCAGUGCAACAAGGGAAACCUUUGGAAAUUGAUGUGGUGGAGGCUGAUGCGUUAGAGUCUCGUCAUCCACAAUGUGGCGAGGAAGUGAAGGAGUGGUUUUAUGGUGCGUGCAAGUUACGUGCCUCGGAAGGCGAUGGCGACGGCGAGGUACUCGCAAUCCAUGUGCAGCAUCUGGGCAACCAUUGGGCGGGCGACCACUCGAUGUGCAACGACGAGCUUUCGGGACUAUGCAAGGCCGCUGGCGGGAAAGAGAGGUCUCCGCUCUACGAGAAAGGAGGUAGACUUCAUGUUGCUAUCAUGGAUUGCUUGCGGGAGUUCGCCUCUGCAACAAAAAUGUCUUUCUACACGCGUGCGCGAUGUUCUCAUUACAACGAGUGCUUCCACUCGAUAAUCAACAAGUUUUAUUCGAAGCGUUUGAAUUUUUCGAAGUCGUACGAGGCAAGAGUGGAUUGUGCAGCUCUAGAUUGGAAUAAGAACAGAGCUCUGGAAGCACUUGGAUGUGUCUAUCGCAAGGACUCUAGCGUCGGUCACCGUAGAAGAUCCUCGCGGCGUUGGCAGUUGCAAGCACAUGACCACACAUGGCGUUUUGAAAUAGCACGUGCUGUUUGGGGCACUCCUCAGGUGGGUGAUUGGGCGAGGCGCAUGUUGCAGCAAGAGGACCUUGAUGACAUCAUUCCGGACAUUAUGGAUGCGGAUGAUGGUGUCGGAUCUGCGACUGACGAUGAUGUCGCAACUUGUGGUAUCGCUCCAUCGGGCGGCGAUUCGUCAAGUGCGAAUUCUGACAGUGAAGACGUUUCGAGUGAUGGUGAUGCGAAUAUACUGUCCACACAUCUCGACUUCGAAUACGAUCCUGUUGAUGUGGACAUCGACGCUGGACACAAUGCAACAGAGGCCGACAGCGACAACCCCUCACAAGACAUUUUUGUUGCGAGGAUAUGACCUUAGGGUUGCACGUACGACUCUCGAUGGAUAGGUUAUCCGGUGUCAUCUUUUAUACCACAAUUCAUGGCG